GAGAAAGAGAGAGGGGGAGUGACUGAAGGGACACAAGCAUUAGCCACGGCCCAGGCAUCCAAAGAGGAACAGAGAGGGUGAGCAUCAGAGUGACUGAAUCACAGGCAACGCAGGGAACACUGAAGAACUGCCACCAAUUGGACAUAAGCAAGAGCAGGGAAACGAGCUGAGAUAAAGAUUGGUAGAAAUAAAUACAGUCAGCUACCAGCCCCAGUAGAAAGGCUCUACCUCGGCUACUAUGACAGGCAAAAACUGAAGCAUAUUUCUCUAGAUUUAUUUUCCUCAGGUUUUCAUUCCUCAUUGAGCAUCACAUACCUUGAAAAAUAUGCCUGAACAAAGCAACGAUUACAGGGUGGUAGUGUUUGGAGCAGGAGGAGUUGGAAAGAGUUCACUGGUCCUAAGGUUUGUUAAAGGCACUUUCAGAGACAGUUACAUCCCUACAAUUGAAGACACCUACAGGCAGGUGAUCAGCUGUGAUAAGAGCAUAUGCACUUUGCAGAUUACCGACACAACAGGGAGUCAUCAGUUUCCUGCCAUGCAGCGUUUGUCUAUUUCCAAAGGACAUGCUUUCAUUUUGGUCUAUUCUGUCACCAGCAGGCAGUCCUUGGAGGAACUCAAACCUAUCUAUGAACAGAUAUGUCAGAUCAAAGGGGACAUAGACAGCAUCCCAAUCAUGCUUGUAGGGAACAAGAAUGAUGAAGACCACAACCGAGAGGUGCAGACCAGUGAUGGAGAAGCCAUGGCCAAAAAAUGGAAGUGUGCCUUUAUGGAGACCUCUGCCAAGAUGAAUCACAAUGUGAAGGAGUUGUUCCAAGAGCUGCUGAACUUGGAAAAACGCAGGACUGUGAGUUUACAGAUUGAUGGCAAAAAAAGCAAGCAACAGAAAAGGAAAGAGAAGCUGAAAGGCAAAUGUGUCAUUAUGUGAAAAUAGCAUUAUCUCGGAGCAAUCAUCUAGACUCAUUCUUCUAACUGUACCACAUUUUAGACCUGUACACAAAGGCAAAACAUGUGAGACUGUUUUAUUAAUAGCUAUUUUGAAAAUAUACCAGAAUUAAGGAGUUGUAUGGAGUGAUAGUACUACAGCCCUCUCAAUCCUUUUAUAAAUUAGACAUUAACAACAAAAAUAGUUCAAACAACAAAUGGCAAUACCUAAUUUCAAGAUAAUAGAAAAUGAAACAUCCAUAACUAAGAACUCCCACCAGUUAUUGUCACCACCAUGUAAAGACUGGGGAUUAAUAAUUUUAAGAUUUAUGGUCAUGCUAUAUUGAAAAUUAUGAAAUAUGUAUUUAUUUACAAAAAUAUAUUUGGACGUAUAACUAAAUUUAGGAUUAAGUUAAAAUGUCUUUCCUGGAUUGCAAGUUGCUUCUUUUAUGCUAUUUUGUGCUCUAUUCCUCUUACACACAUCCCUUAUGAUGCUGAUGAACAACGUUUGAACUAAAGGGGGUGUUUCUUAACUUUGUGAUUUGCCUAGUGCACCAGAGGAACUGCUGGUUGUAUUCACAGGCCUCAGUGACUUCAUGCAGCACCAAAUAUUUUUCUGUUCCACUGAAAGCAUAAUCAGACUCCCUCCCCUUUGCAAAUAGUUCAAAUGUUGCUGAUUAGCAGUGCAGGAUAGCAUGAAAGUCAUCCAGUAUGAGGAUGCAAGGGGAGAGGAAACAUUUUUGACCAAAUGGUGAAAUUCGAAGGACAAGUUUCUGUAAAACCCAGCUUGCUAUAAAUAUUUCUUUAUUUUUAUUUUAUAAUACAGAAUGAGAAUAAUGACAUGCUGUUAUCCAACAGCUUAUAGUUCUUAUGGGUAUCAGCUGAAUUAGUAUAACGUACUUGGAAAAUUUUUCUCUAAUUUUUAUUCAUAGCAAACAUCAGUUUGACAAUGAAAAAUUGGAUAUUUUGUCUGAAGACAGAAAAAUUUGCUGUCACUCUCCAAGAAGCUAAUAGGAGCAGCCCCUGGGAAAAGAAAAAUAUGAUGAGACACAAGGUUUCCAAACUAAACCUUCCCAAAUGUUGGUUGUGGCAUCAGGGAGUAGCACAGGAUUGUCUGUACCUCAAAUGUAGACAGGUGUAGGUUCAGGAUGGGCAAUCUAUGGACCUAGUAUGAUUUGCAGAUCUUGAAUACACCAAAUGAAACCUCUGCGUGGGAGUACAUACUAAUGCUACAUGAGUCAAAACAGUUUUUUAAAAAACUCUAAAAACUGCAUUGCAAGGAGAAUGAGCUACUUUGAAGCAGAACAUAUUAACAUAUUGGCAAGUGUGAAUAUCAAAAGCUGGAAAAUGCAAUUAAGUGUCUAUGCAUGUUACAAUUUAAAUGUCAUGAAAAAGCUACUUAAAUGCAUUGUCCCCUUUUGAAUACAUACUGUUCACAAAGACUUCAAUGCUGUGAACCCUUUCAUCCCAGCAGCCUCUUACUUGAAUACAGGGGAAAUUGCAGACAAGCAUCUGCAAUAUAAGACCACAGGUCAUGCCUAUUUACCUUCCAUCCUCCAGACAGAAGAAGAAAGGAGAGACUUAAUGACUGAUAUACCGAAAGUGAAGACUGAAGCCCUUUGCAGAUAUUUGACCUUGAUGGAACAAAUGUGUGGGGAGGGUGUGACAUUAUAGCAGCAGGUUCCACCCCUGACCUACACACAUGAACUAGACCUGCACCAAAAAUGUCAAACAUUACUUUUCAAUCAUUUGUUGGGUGGUAGCAAAAUGAAUUGUUAAAAAAAAACACAACAGGGAAAGGCCUUUCUUUGCAGCUUCCUGCUAGCCACUAUUCCCAGAGUGUCUUGGGAUCAAUGUUAUGUCACAUCCUAUUGUUUCCAAGGCAUUAUGGGAAAUAUGGCGAGAGGGAAGUUGUUUAAGGCUUUCUCCACAACUUGUUGCCAGCCGUGUUUGCUGGUGAGACCCAGUAAAAUAAGCAGUAAAUAGUCUGAAGGAAAUUCUCUCUUUCCACACACACCCUCCCAGACAGCAGCAGAAAAUCAGCUCCUAUUUUCAUAAGGGAAAAUAUUUUCACGAACCUGGGGUAGAGUUUGGCCCAACCUUAAUUUGAACACCUGAAGAGAACAUAUGUGUGUAUGUUUAUAUGUGCUCAGCCUCUUUUCUGAUGUUCACACAAUCACAAAAUACAUUGUGGUGGAGUCCACUGCUGCCCUUUCUCCUAUGUGCAUUUGUUCAAGGUUAAAUGUCUAUAGAGGAUUACUGCUAUGUUCUAAAGAGUAGUGGAAUUGGUUUCAACACCCAUUUGCUGCAAUCUGAAGCAUUUGUUUUCAGGGCAGCAAAGUCUAUUGAAACUUCUUCCAUCACACUUAGAAUGUAUGGGUAGUAUCCAGUGGGUUUCUUCCUUCUGUCCUAAGGAAGGAAACCACUGGAUACAGCCCUAUGUGUUUCUUCUAGGGAUGGGUGAGAAAUUCAAUUCAGUACACAUUUCAAGCCAAAUCCAUCAAAUUCACACUUUCUGAAAUAAUAUGAGAACCGAAACACAGCUAUCCUUUGAAAUUUGCUCUUAUUUGAAUUUUGCAAUACAGUUCACCAAACAAACUAUGUUUACAAUGCAUAUGUUAGCGGAAAGGGUAAAUAAAAAUGAAUAUAUGAGUGAAAAUAAGAUAUAAAAAUGGAUUAUAUGACAAGAAAUUGCUUGCAAAAUGUGUACAAUUAUCAAAACUGCCUACAAAAAUGUGUUUAUUAGGAGAAAUUCACACUAAAAUGCUGAAGAAUUUUCAUGAAUAAUUUUUUUUAAAAAAGCCAAUUGCUGCAGAAAUAUGGAGAACUAAAUUUCAUAUUGGAAAAAUGAGAAACUGAGAGAACUGAAAUUGACAAAUCUUUCCAUCCCUGGUUUCUUCACAAAAAGAAUGUUCCCAAUGUCAUCACAUCAAAAGCAAGAUUACUUCUCAUAUUUGAUUUCCCCUUUGAUUUCACUGAAUCAGGAUGGCUCUUAGAAACAGACAUUUUUAAACUAUUUGCAAGCAUGAGCAGGUUAUUUGUAUAGUUUAAUACUGAGUGAGGUCUCUUUGCCACCACACCAAAGAAGACUUGUGACACCAAAAUGGAAUAAUGUUAUAUUUAUUAAAAUAUAACAAAUAAUUAAACCUUAGCCAAUUUCUGCCAAUUAACCGGAUUCAAACCACUUCAGGCAGGUGAGGACAAACCUAACUGUGAGAGAAUAUUCCCUGCAGUCCUCGGGGCAUGUCAGUCACCGCAGACUGUAACCCACCAGUCAAGGAUGUGAGAGAACUAGUCCCUCCUUGCUAGUAGAGCCAGGUAUGUGGUUCCAACCUCCACAGCCUGGCCCUGCCGUACAGGCGUUCACCAUGAUGCGCAAGUUGGUCCCACAAGGACACUCACCAGAUCCCCACCAGACUUUCAGCACUGAUGGUUCCCUAGUGAGUGCCCUUCACCAAAAUGCCUCAGUCUCCUGUUUUUUACCCCCUGCUUCCUCACCUGCUCGAAUUCCAUGCCAGCCAAAGCGAGACAACCUCAACCUCCCCCAAGGCCAAGUGAAUCAACCAAGCAGUAUGGAGUAGGCAAAAUGAAAGGGAUUCUGAAAUUCCUACUCAGCCCCAACUGGCGACUAGCAAAGCCCAUAAUGAAAAGGGAGUGAGGGUGGGUGCCGCAAGGCAAAAGAGGCAAGUCCCAAGGGAGGAGCGGGCUUUUAAACCCCACUCGGCCCUUCUUCCUAUUGGUUCUAUAAACCCCACCUGACCCCACUCAAAAUCUUUGGGAAUAUUCCCGAGUCUUCUAAAGAGUGGGGCGGCGGCGGCGGCAAACAUGCCCCCAUGCAAGGCUGGAACGCCAUUCUGUCAGAAAAUCCAACAGCAUUUAGCUGGGCAAUAAUUCAGCCACAUAAUUGGUUUGUUCUGUCUCUAAGCCAGUGCUUUUUUCCAUUUGGAACUCCAUUAAGGAAAGUGACAAACCAAAAGAAAUAAAUAUUAUUUGGAAUAUCUUGUAGCUGGAUGUUAAAAUCACAGGCUAUAUAUGGCAUUUGCUUACAUGCAGUGAAUGGGCAUCUUGAAUAGGAACCUAAGGGUUAACUUGUGAAAGAUGUCAGAACUGCAGGGGGAUCUACAUGUAGCUCUCUGUGGGCCUCCACUCAGUGCUUCAGCAGGAUGCUUUUCAUGUGAGUUGUUCUUCUUGUCCCAGGGUCUCUGUUUCAUUUAUUUAUUUUGAUUUUUUCUACCCACUUAACUUUCCAAAGAAACUCAAGGGCGCUGACAAAUUUGUAACCAAACAACCAAUGAAAGAAACAACAAUUCCUAAAUUCAACUCCAUCAUACAAUCAAAUAUUAACAUAAAACUCUUAAGAAGUUUUAUUUGCAGCAGGAACACAUGCAUGUUAUUUAAUGGCAAUGGGUACAUAUGAACUCUAAAGAAUCAUGCUGUGCAAAGCCUGCCAAUUCACGCAGGGCAGCAAUGGAAGUGUAUUUUGAACUGUUGAUAACUUAUUGUAGGACAAUUAUGUUUUUCUACCAUAUCUUUAACCAAAUGAACAAAUACUUGCCUUGUUUUAAAUUGGCUUCAAACAGGUGAUAUGCAGCCAGAAGGUAGAGUGUUCAGCAAUAUGCAGAGGUGAGGGUUUUGGACAGUGAUCCUUGCUGUGAGAAUUGGGGUGUUACAAACAUGCCCCUAAUUUUCAUCAUCAAAAUAUUGAAGAGUAUGUAACUAAGAGCAAAUCUGUGGUAUAUCUUCAUCCCAGAACAGCCAGUAAUAUAAUUAUUUUACAAAUGCACAGAAUCCCAAAGAGAAAGCUGUUACAACUCCUUCUUAACAUCACUGCAGUAUAUAUUAUAUAAUGUGUUUGGUUUGUCUAAUUCCCAAAUGCUGUCAGUGAUUGCAGUCCUAAUCCAUUUGCACCAAUGAAAUCUAAAGAAUAAAAUUUAAAUAUCUAACUUGCCUAGUACAAGCUAAAUUUCAGGCAUAUAAGGCUCUGCCAAACUAUGUGUUUUUAGAAAAUAACUUACAUGUGAGGAUAAUAGCUUUUUUUGUCCUUGUUGAUCUUGCUCUCAUAAUAUAAUAAGCCAUGAUUAUGUUUUAUGGCCUUGCAUUUGUAAGUGCAGGGCUAGUAUAGAAGCAAUAUUUAUCCCUGGAGCAGUAAUUCUAAGGAGGAUAUAUUUUAUGUUAUACCCUUCUGUUGUCCUUGUAAUUUAUAAUAGAUUUUACAUAUAUGUGUGUUUAUCAAAAUAUUUGUUUUGCUAUUACUGGUAUAAGGAUUUUUUUGAUAGAUGAAGGAAACUCUUAGGUAAAAAUUAGUUAUACAGCAUUAUUCUGUUUUGUGGCUUAUUUCCAAUUGUGAUGCUAAUAGACAUGAGAUGUUUGAAAAUGCUCACACACAAAAGAUGACAUGUUUAAAACUUUCAAGAAAUUUCAGCAUCAUGAAACAUAAUAUGGAUAAAUAUGCUGUUCACAAAGCAUGACUUUUAUAUAAGUGCAUAAGCUAAGAUAUAUAGUUAGCAUUCAGAUGUAUUUACUGUUGCAAUUUCAUUAUCCAAUACUUUAUUCAACCACCGUUAUCAUGUAAUUUGUGCCUACAUGUUUCUAUGUUUCCUGUGAAAUUCUGUAUGUAAGAUAUACAAAAUAAACAUUUUAAAUUACAAA